AUGUCGAAUCUGCAAGCUUCAAAUCUGUUCUCUGUUCAGGAUCGCGUGGCGGUAAUCACUGGUGGAGGGAGCGGACUGGGUCGCAUCAUCGCCCGCGCCUUGGCAAUCAAUGGUGCCUCGAAGGUCUUUGUCCUCGGCCGACGUGAAGACGCUCUUCGCGAGACUGUCGCCCAGGCCCCGUCCGGUAUCGUCAUUCCCAUUCAAUGCGAUGUCACUUCGAAAGAGUCGCUGGAGGCAGCAUACUCCGCGGUCACAGCACAAACAAGCCAUGUGGAUGUCCUGUUCGCCAACAGCGGCAUCAUGGGUCCGAUGAUGCGUCACACUUCGAAGCCAGACGGAUCUCUUCCGACCCUGUCGGAAGUCCGUGAUGAGUUAUUUUCCAUCCCGAUGGAGGAGUUCACCAAGGUGCUGGAUGUCAAUGUGACUGGGGCCUAUUACACUGCUCUGGCAUUCCUGCCCCUUCUUGAGGCUGCCAACAAGAGACGCCCCGCUCCGCAGGUUGGUGUCACGACUCCCCCGACUGCCCAAGUGAUCUUCACCAGCUCCAUUGCGGGUUUCAACCGCAAGGUGCCGUUUAGCUAUGCAUACAACGCCUCUAAGGCUGCAGUAACGCACGUCGUCAAGACACUAUCAACUAGUCUCUUGCCUUAUCAUAUUCGAGUCAAUGGUAUUGCCCCUGGGUUGUAUUUUUCUGAAAUGGCAAGCCAGAUUUUUGAUGACCGCGAUGUCUCGGGUGGUGGUAUCUCGGAGGGCUCGCACCCUGCUUCCUUGAUCCCUCUGACUCGCAGUGGAAGUGAAGAGGAUUUUGCUGGUCUGGUGAUUUGGAUGUCGAGUGCCUCUGGUGGCUAUGUCAACGGUGCCAUGAUGCUGACUGAUGGUGGCCGCGUUGCCGCGGCACCAUCUACUUACUGA